AAAAGAAGAAGAAGAAGGAGGAAGAAGAAGAACAAGAAGACAAAGAGAACGUGGUCUGUUUUGUUGAAUGUUUCUCUAAAAAUAUAUCUUCAGUUUAGCUUAAACGAGUUUAUCAACAAGCAGUUAACUGCUGCUGAAGAAACAUUCACGGAGUUUAAAGAAAUCAUCGUCAAGUCGGAGGAAGAGAUGGAUGAUCAGCGCAGACUGCUUGAUUUCUCCCGGACUCCCCAGAUAAUCUUACACCGGAUAGAUUCCCUGCAGUGCAACGUUCAUCACCAGGAGAGGAGAUCCACUCUGGAUCAGGAGGAGUUAGAACCUCUGAAGGGAAAACAAGACCAGGCAGAGCCAGAAGAUCAUCAGAUAAAAGAAGAGCAGGAAGAUCUAAAACACCAGCAGAUAAAAGUGGAAGAGAAAGAAGUUUACUACGGUCAGGGUGAAGAACGGAUUGAAUUAAAACAGGAGACUGAUACCUGCAUGGUGUUUCCUGCUGAUGAGCAAACAUACCAGACUGAUUCAGAACCAAACAGGAACCAAAUCAUCUUCCAGGAACCUGCUGAAGCUGAGAACCAAAAUCAGGAAAGAAGCAAACCUUUCUCAUGUGUCAUCUGUGAAAAAGGAUUCGCUAGCAAACAUGCUCUCAAUAAUCAUAUUAGAACUCACACCGGUGAAAAGCCGUUUUCAUGUGUGAACUGUGGGAAAAGUUUUAGUCAAAAACAGUUUUUAACUCGGCAYAUGAUGAUUCACACUGGUGAAAAGCCGUUUUCAUGUGUGACCUGUGGAAAAAGUUUUAGUCACAAACAACAAUUAACUCAGCACAUGAUGAUUGACACUGGUGAAAAGCCGUAGAACUAUUUUCCAUAUAUGUCUUAUUUUGAG